AUGACAGCGUUCGAAUACUCGGGAACUGAUCAAAGGUUUAACAAGGCAUUCAAUCAAGCCAUGUCAGAGCAGAGUUCCUUAAUCAUGAAGAAGAUUCUUGAUAUUUACAAAGGGUUCGAGGGUCUUAAAGUGUUAGCUGAUGUGGGUGGUGGUGUUGGAAUUCUUGAAUCUAGACGGAUACUCCAUGGUUGGAGCGAUGAAUAUUGCUUAAAUUUACUUGAGAAUUUCUGGGAAGCUCUUCCUGACAAGGGUAAGGUGAUCAUUAUUGAAUCAGUCCUUCCAGAUACAACAGAGAAUGUAGUUUUCAUUACCCAAAUUUUACUGGAGCAAAAUUUUGAUACCUUAGCAAUAAAUUCAUGUUUUUCAAGUUGCAGUUAUUGA